UGUGUUGUCUUAAUAGUAUUUUAAGUUCCAGGAAACACACUUAAUGCGUCGCAGAUAUGUUUUUAAUUGCCUGAGCGUCAUUUGAAGUACAUUUCUGUGUGUGUGCAAUGCACACGGUGAUGAUGGUGCAUGUACACAAAGGUCAACAGUACAAACGUGCGACGGAUCUUGACGGAGCACGUUGAACACAAGCAAACGGCAGAAUCAGCCAAUGAAAGCCCUCGCUUUGUACCAGGUACCCGGAUGCAACCGUGGAGCGCUCAUCUACGUCAUUGUUCACCGCCGGACACCCGCUGGAAAUAAGGAAUGGAUUUACAAUCGCUACAAACGGGCUUAUAACAGAUUCCAGCAAUGAACUAUGACCAUUGUUGACAGAUCCUCCGAAAACUCUGACCACGAGUCAGUCGGUUGCAAGAGAUCCCCCUUCACCAGUGGAGACGGGAUGGACAGCAGCUGUUCCAGCAGCUGGGCAGUGGGCCCCACUCUGCCCAGUGACUCUCCACGACUGAAGGGUCCAGCGGGAUGCUUGGGCCCAACGCCUGGUGCUGCUGUCUACAAUAAUACAUCUUCCUCUGUGGACCGAUCCAAAGAGCAAGUGUUAGGCAGUGGCGAUGGCAUUGACGUGCCACAGAAGGUCCUCUUCCCUCCCGAGCGCCUCAACCUAAAGUGGAACCAGAUUCACCGUAUAGGUGCAGGUCUGCAGAACAUGGGCAACACUUGUUUCCUCAACUCAGCCCUGCAGUGUCUCACCUACACGCCCCCAUUUGCAAACUACAUGCUGUCAAGGGAGCACUCCAAAACAUGUCAAGAUCUGGGAUUCUGUAUGAUGUGCACCAUGCAAAACCACAUCAUUCAAGUUUUUGCCAAUUCAGGCAAUGUCAUUAAGCCCAUUGGUGUACUAAAUGAGCUCAAAAGGAUCGCAAAGCACUUCCGUUAUGGAAGCCAGGAGGAUGCCCAUGAAUUCAUUCGGUACACUGUGGAUGCUAUGCAAAAGUCCUGCUUACCUGGAACCAAAUUGGACAGGCAAACGCAGGCAACCACUUUUGUUCAUCAGGUAUUUGGUGGCUACUUGAGGUCCAGAGUUAAAUGUUUAAACUGCAAAGCAGUCUCUGAUACAUUCGACCCUUUUCUGGAUAUCACUCUGGAAAUCAAAAUGGCGCCCAGUGUCUCAAAGGCCCUGGAGCAGUUUGUCAAACCAGAGCAGCUGGACGGAGAGAACGCUUACAAAUGCUCCAAGUGCAAAAAAAUGGUCACAGCCUCAAAGAGAUUCACCAUCCACCGCAGCUCCAAUGUGCUCACCCUGUCACUAAAACGCUUUGCAAACUUCAGUGGAGGAAAAAUCACUAAAGAUGUGAAAUAUCCUGAGUACCUGGACCUGCGGCCCUUCAUGUCCCAGUCUCAAGGAGAAGCCCAGCUCUAUGGGCUGUAUGCUGUGCUCGUCCACUCUGGAUUCAGCUGCCAUGCUGGACACUACUUCUGCUAUAUUAAGGCAAGCAAUGGUCAAUGGUUUCAAAUGAACGAUUCCUCUGUGACUGUCAGUGACAUCCGGUCUGUACUUAACCAGCAGGCCUAUGUCCUUUUCUACAUUAAGUCAAGUGACGGAAAGAAAGCAGGUGACUAUGGUCACAUGAGCCAUAACUCAGCCGUACCUGGUCAGUCGUCUCCUAGGCCUGUAGUCAUACCCCGCAUCAACACCACCGUCCAUCACAACGUCGGCUUCAUUGGGCCUCAGCUCCCGCCACACUUGGCCAAAAAUUCGCUUCACAUCAAUGGGAAUGGGCCUCUGAGGGACUAUCCCAAGCCCAGCACCAGCUGCAGUGCUGUGGGAAAACCGAACCAUGGUGUGGCUGCUUCCUCCUCCUCUUCCUCCUCCUCUUCCUCCUCCUCCUCCUCCUCCUCCUCCUCCUCCUCCUCGUCCUCUUCUUCCAUCUCCCACUCGGCCAGCCAGCCUUCAGUGAUCCCAGACCACGACAAGCGCCUAAAGCUGUCAUUCAGCAUCGGGCAAAACAAACAGAAUCGGCCCGCCUCUUCCACAUCUUCUGCCAACAGCUCCUCCUCUGCCUCCGCUUCUUCGUCCUCAAGCUCUUUAGCCUCCUCUCAGUCUACCUCAGAUGCUCGCUUCAUCCCUCGUCAGAUUAACCAUGUAAACGGCACGCCACGUAGUAAUGGGGAUCAGCACGGCGGAGGGAAUGGUGCGUCCUUCCUGGUGCCGUACAGCCAAGAGUCUUCAGAGGAGUCCGACCAGGAGCACGGUGGCACUCUGGAUAACGGCUGCUCGGUGAAGGGUCAACUGAAUGGAAACAAACGAACAAGGGAUGAGAAAUCGGCUAAUGGGGAGUCGGAAGUUCACCACAAUGGAAACGGUAUAAAUGGAUUAACGCACGGUGUAUCUAAAACCAAUCAAAAUGGCCACCAUUAUGGACAUCACAAACUCAACAGGCAUAAUAGCCCUGAAAAGAUCUGUGUUAGUAAUGAUUGCAGUUUGCCGUCUGAGGUGACUAUCACUGUGAAUGGACUGGACACUGAACACUUUCACCCAAGCAAAGACGAUGCCCAGGCCACUUCUGUUCAGAUGGUCCAAGCUGCUGCCAGUGAAAUUCAGCACAUAAGGGCUACAUGUGCAUCUGAUCCCUUGUCUCAGCAAACAGCCUCCAACCCUCCUGUUGUUACCAACAAGAGCAGUUCCUCCCCAUCUAAUGAGUCGGCGUCCACUAGUCCUGCAGCCUUACCCACAUCACCAGACUCCUCCCUCAGCACUAGCGGGGUGUCUGCAGCUCUGCAGAAGGUUAGCAUUCGUGCUGAUGAAGACAAGGAUGUACCACUGACCAAUGGUUCAUCAGGACCCUCUGAGGGGCGUACUGACGUGAAGGAGCAGCAGUCCAGUCCCACCUCUAGAGGCUAUGACAGGCGGUCGUCCCGUGAAAGAGGUAGGGACAAGCUUUACUCAUCUGACUGGAGCAGGGACAGAGAGAGACACUACAGGGACAGGAGUCAGGAGCGGGACAGUCAUCGUUACAGACGGGACUACAGAGACUUCCACCACCGCUCAUACAGGGAUCAGGACUAUUACUGCAGGGACUGGGAGAGUGAGCGUCGCUGGGAGCGGAGCUCUCACCACCCCAGGGAGAGGGACCGUGACAGGGGCACUCAACAUUACCACUACUAUCACCAUCGAACCAGGGAAGACCGUGGCUACGAGCGCAAAGGUUAUGGUCACUCCUACCGUGAGGAGUCCUACGGCCGGUGGAAGCGGCAGCAGGAGAGUCGUGAAUAUCGCGGAGUGAAGAACGAUGGCAGGGACAGAGACUACUACCUGUCAUCUGCAACGAUGUCUGAAUCGUACAAGUCAAGGAGCUCACCGCAUCGGCAUGCUCCUGUGUGGGACGAUCAAAAUUAUAAUAGGAGCGGUCAUUCUGUGAGCUCCGAGGAGCAGCACAGCAAGAAACACAAAAAGAGCAAGAAAAAGAAGAAGUCCAAGGAUAAAGAGCGAUGCCGUGACAGUGGCUCCGACCAAGAUUCAGACAGAGCCUAUGAAUUAAAAAAGAAGAAGAAAAAGAGGAGGCACCAGAGUGAGCAGCACAGCCCAGACGGCUGCAUCGACGUAAGGGAGAACCGCAAGCGUCGUCACUCCGGCACAAAUGAUGCUAGAAAUUAUGGCGACGAUUGUUCACUGGAGAAAUGCCGCCGCAUCGACUAUGUCGAUGCCAACCACGUUCCCCUGGUCCCUCCUAACAGCACGUGCCCCACUGCAGCUGCAGGUCCAUCUCACUGCCACCUUAAUGGAUACACAGGAAACGGUUACAGCCAAGCCAACGGUGUCUACCACUGAUGGUCGGAUGAGCUGAGCAGUACAAUGAAGCACUGACUACCCCCACCCCCCACCCCCUGCCGAUACACACAGCGGAGGAAUGAUUCAUUGACGUGGUGCUUCAUUGGGAACAAUUGUAUUUUUACCACAAGUAAUGUGUUUUAAAUGUUCACUUUUUAAAGCGUUGAUUUAGUUCCAGUUACUCUCCUGCUCCUGUUGGACAAAUGAUGAAAAAUAUUAAUAUAUACAUAAUAUGAACACAAACAAAGCCUGGAGCUUACACAUCUCAACUGCUGCUCAGCGGAACUCAGGACUUAAACUCAUCCUCGACUUGUGUCACGUUUAAUUAGAAAAGAAAAAAAGGGAAACAAAUGUGCUGCUGAAGAGAAGCUUGGAAGAGUGCCACAUGAUGAUUUUCAGUUUCAUUUGUCAUCACUACUGGCAGCCCACUAACAAAUGCGGGGGGGGUGUAUUUCCGAACGAGAGACACGAGCAAAGCUUCGCUGACUGAUACCUCCACGUUAUUACCCUGGACAGACUUGAGCACAUUUCCCAGCUUUUCUUGAACUGUUUUGUGAAGCCUAAUAUUCAAACUCUGGUCUUUGGUUCUUUAAGUCAUUCCUGCACACAAAAAAAAUUACUUACAAAAUGUAAUCACAGCUGUGUGGACCAUUUGUGUUUGUUUUGUAAUGGGGAGGAAAAAUCCAGUUUGCGUCUUCUAGCAUCAUAAGGAAUACUGUGAAUUUAAUUUUUGAACUGUACUAUCAGUUACUUUUACAUGUAAAACUCCUGUAUCAGGAUUAUAUAUAUAUAUAGAUGUUUUUUUUUGUUUUUUAUGUUUUUAGACAAACUCGCUAAUUCUGCUCACAUUCUCUGGACAAAAGUCAGUGAUGAGUAUGGAUUGUGACUUUGUUGUGCAACUUUUUGACAUUAGUUGAAAACUUGUGUUAUACCUUUUAAUUUAGCAUGUCAGCAUUUAUACAUUGUACAAGGUAAAGGCCUUAAAAUACAUUUGGUAAUGUCAGAAAUUGUACUGUUUUCUUUGAAUUUGUGUGAAAACUGCACUGAAAAACUGAUGGAAGUGAUGAGUUAGACAUUUAGGGGGUUAAGAAAAGUUUACUUUUUUACAAAAUAGAUUGUAAUCUCCGCUGCAGUUAAACGAAUUUGUGUACACAGUAAAUAAGCACUUACAACGAAAGCAAGCUCAUAACCGUCUGUUCAAAGUUCUUGUCAUUUUAUAUCUGAAAUUCUUUUUUUUUUUU